GUCCAGUUCGCCGAAGGCGACGGCUGCGGCGACUGCCGCACGUUCUACACAGGCAUCGUCUACAAGUCGAUUGAGGCCUACAGCAUUAACCAAUAUUGCACAUUGACCGUCUUCCAAACCCCCAACUGCUCCGACCCAGGCAUCCAGUCGGGCGUCGGCUGCUGGUCCCCAGAGGGCGGCAUUGCCGGCUACAAGUUUGCCUGUCCCUAU